UGGAGGGUUAAGGAGAUUUUGAAAGCAGAGAGUUCCCUUCUAUCUGAGCCAUUUGCCAACAUUUUCUGGGCACAGUGCAUUAUAAACUAAUUAGGCCUACCCAUUCUCUAACCACAACAUCCAUUAAUACAUCACAUGACUACAUGAGGCAUUAUUAUGUGGCUAAUAAAUCCAUUGGUGUCAACCUGAACCAGCUCUGAGGCGUCAGACAUACAGACAGUAUACAGACAAAAUGCUCUUCUCUGGCACAAGCUCUUCUACAGUGCAGAGCAACAUCUCGGAGCUUGAAAACUCCAUGAUCUCCAUCCUUAAAGUCUUCCACAAGUACUCAGGUCACAAGAGCCACCUGAAGAAGGCUGAGCUCAAGGACCUCAUUAAUUGGGAGAUGAGACAUUUUAUCAAGAAAGUUGAAGAUGACGCGGCACUUGACCAACUUUUUUCUGGCCUUGACCAGAAUGGUGACAUGGAGAUGGACCUGAAGGGGUUCCUAAAACUUAUUGCCCAAGUGAUAUCAGCUUGUCAUGACUCUUUCUCUGUGCAUCAUUAAUUUGGAAAGAAAAGAAAAAGACAUAGUGUUUGAAACAUGCAUAUCAUUAUAGCCUCAUUAGAAGCAAUUACGGCAUUAAUAUGCAAUCUAAUCUUGAAAUUGAUUAAAUAUUUGUAAAACAGAUCCAAGGUACCAUAACCUACUGUCCAUUUCACUUAACAUGUAUUUGUCUUUACCAUAGUUGCAUUAAAUACAUAAGCACUGCCA